GCGGGGUCCCAUGAGGAGGUGGCAGUCCACUCGUGUCCCUGCUCCUGUGGCAGGCGCGGGGCAGGGAGGAAAGCUUGGUGUCUCCCAGCCGCAGAUGACAGCACUUGUCCCCCCCCUAGGCAGGUGUUUUCAGAGAAAUGGCAGAAGAAAGUAUAUUUCGGGAUCUCCUGGAAGUCCUGAUGAGUGCCUCAAGUGAAAUUCAGCAGGCCUGUGAGGGCUCCUGUGAAUCUGUAGAUCUAGACACCUGCCUGCUGCUCUUAGCAGAGUGUUUCAGAUGCCUGAGGAAUGCCUGUGUUGAGUGUGCCAAGAAUCAACAUGUCAUGAGGAACUUGGGUCUCAUCUCCACAUCUGUCCAUUUGAUCAAAUUGCUCGAUGGAAUACAAAUCAAAGAAGAAUUGUUAUUGACUGCUCUUCGUUGUAGUCUCCAGUUUCUUGGAAACAUUGCAGCAGGAAAUGGAGAUUCCCAGAAUAGCAUUUGGAAGUGUGCUUUCCCAGAUCUCUUCUUGAGAUGCCUAAUGUACAGUGAUGAGAAAAUUGUCGCCUAUUGUUGUAUGGUCCUGUUCACCUGCCUUAAUUCAGAGAAAGUAAGAGAACUACUUGAUCCUGUGAACUUGACUGUGGCUCUUCAUGUCGUGAAAGUCUACAAAGAGCAGUUGGAGUCUGAAUGGUCGUUCUUGAUUGUUACAGACCAUUUGCUGAAAUGUCCAGAGUUGGUAAAAGCCCUCUAUGCCAAACUGAGCAAUCAAGAAAGAGUUACUUUAUUAGAGCUGAUGCUGGCAAAGUUAAGUGAGAAGAACACAGUUACCAGUGAAGAAAUUAAUGUGUUCAUGAGACAUGCUGACUUCCUUGCAGGCUGUUUUCAAGAGAAAUGUGAAGCUGUGCUCAAGUUAACUUCUGUAGCAGAUGCAGAAGAUGAGGAAGCACUAGUUACAAUUCGUCUUCUUGAUGUUCUUUGUGAAAUGACAUCAAACAACGAACAGCUAGAACAUCUACAGGCUUUGCCUGGUUUGCUUGAAACAGCUAUAGAUACUCUGAGAUUAACUCAUCUUGCUGGGAAACAGGCUGUAAAUAUUUUCACUGCCACACAUGCUAUGACAGGGCAGGAAGAAAUUUCACAUCCAGCUGUGGGUUUUAAAUCUCAUCUCAUUCGUUUGAUUGGAAAUUUGUGUUACAAAAAUAAGAAAAACCAAGAUAAGGUUUAUGAGUUAGAUGGCAUCCCCUUGAUCCUGGACAACUGCAGCAUUGAUGACAACAAUCCUUUUGUGAACCAGUGGGCAGUAUAUGCUAUCCGGAAUCUCACUGAACAGAAUGAGAGAAACCAAGAGCUUAUUGCACAGAUGGAUGUCAAGGGGUUGGCAGACAAUUCUGCCCUUGAGAGCAUGGGUUUAGAGAUAGAGAAACGAGAUGACAAGUUAAUUCUGAGAUCUGUCAGGAAAAAGCCCUUGUGAACAAAAAAUGAAGAACAGUCAAAUCAUUAAAAAAGGAUUUCUCUUUUAAAGUAUUUUUCCCUGCUCAGGCAAUCAAGAUUUCUUCAGUUUUAGUUCCAGUCUGCUGGAAGUGUUACGUUCAUUCUCAAAAAAACUGCCAAAUGAUACUUCAGCCUCACUGUUGUAAACAAAAGGACACCUAUACAUUUUCUAAAUACCUAGGUAAAUUAACCUAUGGAAAAGGUCCUUCUUUUCUGAUGCUUGAAAUUUCAUUACUUUCUUGUUUUUUUAAGUAGAAGGAUGUCAUGUAUGCAGCAUUGAGUUAUAAUUUCCACUGCUGAACCUGGCAGUAACUAUCAUUAAAAACUCAACAAAGGAAUAACUGCUUUGCAGUCUGCCUUCUCCGUUGAAAAGAUCUGUGCUGAGUCAGGGCUAAACAGUGAAAAUUACUCAUUUCCAAUCAUGGUGCUUAAAUAUUUCUACUUACAUAAGCAUCAGCGGAACAUUGGAUGUACAUAAAUAUUUAGUGAACUAAAUACAAUGUGCCUCCUGUGUAUUUAAAUUAUUAGUAAAUUGUCGUUUCUACCUUGUUACCUUUCAGUCUUCAUGACAAGUAUAUUAAAAACAAAGCUGAAGCUGUUGUGGCAA